AUGAAGGAAUACACGUACGAGGCCGAACGUUCGUGGGAGAAACAUCGGCGACCCGGUGUUAUUGACCAUCAAGCUCGUCAACGUCACCAACGCCAACCUAUUGGAGAUGACGCUGCUAUGGAUGCCGACGCUAGUAGCAUGAGUGAGACGACGUCGGAGUCCGGUGUCAGUGAUCUUGAAACAAGCAUGACUGAUUUCCGUUGUUCAUGCUGUCCCUAUGGCUAUCAUCUGGACACGGACUUCAUGAAGUUUCUCGACGACAUGUAUGGACCUGAUGUUUUACGUACAUUGAAAAAAAUUGAACAGAAACGGCAUGACGUACGUCUUCGUCUAAUCAAUGAACAGCCAAAUCAGACGAUUCCUAUUCAAACAUGUACACAACAAAUGAACACAACAAAUUCGUCGUCAUCAUUUGAUAAUCAAAUUCUACGUGAAACACUUCUUGAACUCGAUCGUAUCGUUGAAAAAGAUAUUAAAGAAUUAGAAGCUGAAUGUCAUCGUCACGCUAAUCAACGUACACAAUCGAAUCGUUCAGGACAUGUAAAUCAUCAACGUUCACGUUCGGUUGAUUCUCGUCGACAUCUUCGACCACCACCUCGACCUCCAACAUCGUCAUCAACUGGUCUACCCACAGGUAUUCAUACUUCAUCAUCAACACAUACAGCCGAAGAGCAACGUCUCUAUGAACGUCGUACACAAUUGGAAACAACUAUAACAACAAGAACACGUUCAGCGCCACGACUUAAUGUAAUCUCAACUGAUACAAUGAGUUCAUUACGUAAAAUCAACACCGCUGGCGGUGGGCCAAUAACAAUGCUAUAUAAAAUUCCUCCACCACCAUUCUCACGAUCGAGUAGUACAAGUUCACUUUCAACUGAAACAACACUUCGUGUAUCGAGUCCCGAACCGGAUGAACAUGAACCAUUGAAACCAUUGUAUAUAACUGAAAUAACUGUUCCGCCUAAACCGAUUGUACAUGUUCAUGAAGCGAGAAAAACGACUGUUGUUACAAUAACAGAUAAAACAGAAAUUGAACGUCGCAAUCGUGAAAUUGAACGCCUUGAACAAGAACGUAAAACAUUAUUAACUGAAAAAGAAAUUCUCCUAAAAGAAAUUGAUCGAUAUAAACAUAAACCAGUUGUGAAAGUUCCUGAACAGAAAUCUACAUCAGUUAGUGUUAUAACUGAUCAUGAACAUAUUGAAAAAAUUCACACUCAGAAUUUACCACCACCAAAACCUGCAACACGUGAGGUUGCAAUGCAACAUAUUGUUGAAGAUGAAAAACCACCACCAUUGCCACCUAAACAACGGCAACAGCGCGAUGUCGCUAUAAGUCAUAGAACUGAAUACGAUGAUGAUGAAAAACAAACUGAAAUUGUUCGAAGAAAAUUAGAAGAAAUUAAAAAUUUCUAUACAGAACGUAUACAUUAUCUUGAAGAUCGUAUACAUGAACAAGAAAAAGAUAUUGAACGUUUAAGUGAACCGAAAUCUCAACGGCAUGUUAAUACACAAUGUCAGCCAACUAUGCAAGAUCGAGCACUUGUUACUGAUACAUUUCGAUCAGUUCGAGAUGUCGCAUUAACUUGUCAUCUUCAACCAACAUUACCUGGUCCGGUUGCACAUCGUGAUGUUAAUGUUCAAUGUAAUAGAAAUGAUUUAAUUCAACAAUGUGAUGUAUCAAUGGAAGUUAUACCGGACGUACCAAUGAAACGUGAUGUGUCAAUAGGUGUGUCUAUUGGUACUGCAUCUGAUAAGCAUUAUCGUGAUGUUGGUACUCAUGUUAAUUUUGAUUUUAAACCUGAAAUACGUCAACGUGAUGUCGCUAUUAUGUUUGUACCUGAACCCAUACAAAAACAUGAUCAAUCAUCGAAUACAAAUAUUGUACAAACAAGAGAAUUCGGAGUUUUUGCUAAUACAAUCGAACCACCUAAACCUCCACCUAGACCAUCAAUGCGUCCAGCUGCGACCGACACACGUAAUUUAAUCAUACAGAAAGAUACGGCCUGUGGAGCUGAUGAAACCAAACGUGGAUGUGACAUGUCAACAGAUACAUCGUGCCUUAGAAUACUCAAUGAUCGUGCUUGUGGACUUGAUUUUCCUCGUGAAUUACUUUCGCGUCAUAUUUCAACUGACACACGUACAUUAAUAUCAACACGUGAUAAUUUUUCGGCAACAGCACCUAUUGUGCAAACAGUACAAAUUCAUGCACAAACACAAUCCACGCCUACUCUACAACAUGAUGCAUCAUCAAACACAUUUCCACCAGCCGAACAACGACAUAUAAGUGUACAAGCUGUUCAACAACCGCCAGCAGUCAAACAUAGUACAACAUCAAUUGAUGUGAAUGUAUUUCAUCAGUUAGGACAUCUACGACAUAGUGUAUCGAACACGGAACCGAAACGUUCAACUGAUCGUUCGACUGUAACUGAACGACAACAAUUAUGUGAUCUUGCUAUUAAUACAGAACCAAAAAUAAUGUAUUCAAAAGAUGUUGGCGAUUUUGAUGUACGUAUUGGUGAUGAAGAACAUGAAAAAGAAUACGUUGAACAUCAAGAAUUUACAUGGAAUACUUUACAUGGGCGACGUCCAUCACUACAUGGUCAACGAAUAACAUUGGAGUGUGGAUUUCAAACUGAUUUACGUGACACAAAACGUGAAGUCGGCUAUAUUGAACGACCAUUAUUAAAACAACGUGAAGACACAAUCGAAGAACAACGACAGGAAAUAAUUACGUUCCGUGUACCAAGACAAUCGCAAGAAACAACAACAGAAGAAACCUAUGAAGCUGUUGUAACAAAAGAAAAACCACGAACCACUGACAAAACUGAAGAAAUACGAAGCCAAAUAAAACAUGAUGAUUCGAGUACAACAACUAUGAAAAGUGAAUUUACUGAAUGGUCAAGAACAUUCGGUAGUAAUACAAAGAAAUCAACAGUAGACAUUAAAAAACAAGAAGAUAUUCGAUCUCGAUCACCCGAAGAACUUGUUGAAGAAUCAUAUGAAAUUGUAUCAACCAUUGAAAAACCAUGGCGCACCGAUUCUUUAAUUACAUCAACAACACAACAAUAUGUAGAUUUAACUUCGGGAAAACUUCCAUCAAGUGAAGAUGACAGUUCUUAUUGUGAAGAAUGGACAGUCACUGAAGCUAAACGUAAAAAAGAUGGACAAACAGUUAAAACUAUUAUCGAUAGAGGUGGCCACCAUCGUUACAAUAUCGAUACUGAACAUUUAAAUAUUUCAUCAAAAGAUACAUCAACAGAAACUUCAAGUCAACUACGACAUCAUUCAGGUGAAUCGAGUCAUGCCAACCUUGGAACCCAAAUUCGCGAACAUGAAGAAGUCACUCAAGUAUCACCGUCGAUUGUACGUAAAACAACCACAUAUGAAGCACAUCGUACACUUGGUACUGGCCAACCAGUCAUUAGUGCUACAUCAACCGGUUUUCGUACAUUUCCAACAGUUAGUGGUGUUACUAGUAGUAGCAGUUCUCAUGCAAAGCAAGAAACAACGGAUGAACAAGAUGUUGAAGAAAAAUAUGAAGUUACAUUGUCAACCUAUGAUGAAUCGGGUUUACGAAUACUUUCAGCUGAACCUAUGUCAACAAUAUCUAUUAUGAAUGAAGAAUUCAAACUUGAUGAAGAAAUGUAUAUUGCAUGUGCUAUUGUUAAUGAAUCACUUUACGAUAAAAAUGCUGAUAAGAAGAAAGUGAAUAAUUGUCUUCAAUUAAUUCAACAAGAAUGGUUUCGUAUCUCGAGUCAAAAACAAGUAAAUGACCGUUUAGUCAGCGGUUAUUUGAACAGUAUAAAAGAACAUUUCUCAAAUUUUUUACUCGAACGAAUUGUCAAUCUACAAGAUGCGAAUGGAAAUACGGCUCUUCAUUACUGUGUUACUAAUGGUCAUUGGCAUGUAGUUACUAUGUUAUUAGAUACAAAAGUAUGUGAUGUAUGUUUACAAAAUAAUGCUGGAUAUACAGCUGUAAUGAUGGCUGCAGUUAUUGAUAUAGCGAAUGAUGAACAACGACAAGUUGUUCGUCGUCUAUUUCGUGAAUCGGGAAAUGUGAAUGUUAAAACAACAGCUAGCAAUCAAACAGCAUUGAUGCUUGCUGUUCAACAUGAAAAACCUGAUUUAGUUGAAUUAUUAUUGGAAAACGGUGCUGCUGUGAAUUUACAAGAUACGGAUGGAUCAACAGCAUUGAUGUGUGCUGUUGAACAUGGAUCGUUGACUAUUGUUAAGUUACUUUUAACAAGACCUGAAUGUGAUGUUAAUAUAACAGACAAUGAUGGCCAAACGGCUGUUACUAUUGCAACAAACAAAGAUCGUAAAGAUAUUUUAGUUGCACUCUAUGCCAAAAUGAAAGAACGAAAAGGACAUCAUUCGGCAUUAGGGAGCAAGUCUCGUACCCCAAGUAGCUCGAUACCGAGCAGAUUACCAACAGCGGACAGGUCUACUACCAGCAGUUCGAACUGGAAAACGUCAACAGAAACAACUUCUUCUUCAUCUAGACGAAGUAGUGGCGAUUCGGGCAGUAAUGCAGGUCCAACUGUAUCAACAUUUCGACGCUUUUAA